CCCAUAUUAACUCCACAUUUUAAUCCACGAUUAAAAUUUAAAUCGUAUUGUUAACUUAUGAUUGAUAUCACUUAUUGAUAAGAAAUAUAUUUUAUCUCAAUUCUCAAGUCAUCAGUCGCUGACUGUGUCGAUGGACGUCGGCCGAUAUAAUAAUAUAAUAUGUACAUCAUACAAUUUCUACUAAAAUCUAAAUAUAUAGUAAACAUAACAUAUUGAAAAAUUAUAAUACAUAUUAAUUAAAAUUAAAAUAUUAUAUUUAUCAUCUCAUGACUCGCUAGAAUAAAGCAUGAUUUAAUGAUAAUUAUACCUCUACAGCUCAGCUCUACAUCUUACACAUUGAACUUUAAUAAGAUCAUCUCGUUGAAUUGUAAUUAAAAUGUCAGAAGCUAAAAAUGGAGAUUCAAAUCCUUGCUUGCAGGAACAAAGAUUAUCAUUCAAAUGCUUGCAAGAUAGUUUUGGCGAUAAAUCCAAAUGUGAACCGCAAAUAGAAAAUUACAAAGACUGUAAAACAUUUUGGUACAAUAUUUAUAAAGAAAGGAAAAACAACAAAAUAAGGCCAUACAUGCCAUCAUUAGAAGAACGGAUAAAAAUUAAGAAGGAAUACAUGAAUGGUCAUUAAAACAUGAAAAAUAUUAUAACUAAUAAUAUGUAUAUUAUAAUAUAUUAUUAUUGUUUGCUAUAAUAUUAUCUAUAUAUGGUUAUAACUUAUAAUUAUAUAUUUUUAUUUAAUACUUGAGUAAGGUUUAAAUAAAUGUAGUAUAUUUUACUUCAAUAAAAAUAUUUAUCAAAAAAAAUGUUAAUAAUAUUAUAAUUAAAUAAUAUUUGCAUGUAUAAAUAACAAAAUACAUAAUGGAAAAAAAAUCAACAUAAUAAUAUUGUAAUGCUAAUAUAAAAAAGUUUAAUUUUAAAACAAACAUAUUUCGAUUUAAUAUUCAUGUAUUGUGAAUAAAUAAUAAAUAAAUAGGUAGCUAACAUUUUAAUUAAAAUACUUUAGUAUGUA